CUCUAGAUAUGUGCUUUUUUUAUCAGACAUUUCUAAUUAUAUAUGUCAGCCCACUGGGACCUUGCGGAUAUCAAACUUCGAGACGCAUCCUGUAUAGACAAUACAAUCACCUCGGUGAAGGCUACAUGAGCAGUCAUACUAUGGCAGCCUUCAGUCAAAUAUAGUCCGAUACUACUAAAAAAAUGGAGAGUUGUCCCGGAUGAGACACACAGGGUGACAUCUACUAUAUUUUGCAACUAUGCCUGCCUGAGGGCUAGUCUGCACUUGUCUUGGAUUUGUCCGCAAAGUUAUCUUAUUUGGAUAUGGCAGCAUUCGGCAGUUGCAAAUCACUCUAGCUCCACGUGAAGUGUCUACACACUGUUGUAUCAUCAAAAUACCCAAGACAAUGUCGGAGCAGACGAAGAAAACGCCCCAAAGGGUCAGAAAAUUUCUACCUAAUGUGAUUGAAUCAUCAUCUCGCAGUUCCCGGAACCGCCAGUCAGGUCCCUCAGCGCAGGCCUCUUCCGUGGAACAGGAGGUUGAAACAGGCAAGCCAGCAGGAACACUCAUUGCAGAUACGCGGCCAGUCUCAUCCCACGAUCUCACGGGUUCGCAACGACAGCAAGAGGACUCCUUGAUACCGAGUGACAUUGAAGAUAGUGACAACCGGAUCUAUGGCCGUUCCCAGCAGCAACUGAUAAGGGAAGAAGUACUUCAUAAUUCAGUUGACACCAAAACGAACAGAGACCGACUGCCCUACCCUGUUUCGAGUUCGGCUGCCAAAAAGGUCGUACUUCAGAUGCAAUCAUGCCCUAGAAAGUUUGCGCCUCAGCUUGUUGAGACCAAUAAACGUUCAUUUCGCCUCAAGGAAACGUCGCAUACUUUGUCUGAAGCUCCUGUACAGGGGUAUGACAACGGGUCUCGAACACAAAGCGGCACCUCCACCUGCGCGAACUCAGAUACUUCCUCUGCCAUUAUCGAAUCUAAAUUUUCAUACUCUAGUCUUCAACAGCGCCAAGAGUCAAGAAGCCACUCUUUUCGAGUGCCAGACCUCCCUGCAAUCCCUUCCAGCUGCAGUGAUGCCUCGGAGGGGUCGGAUAUACCGUCGCUCUCGGCGUCUCCUUCCGUUUCAUCCAAUGUAUCUGCUCUACACUCAAAAGCCGAAAACAGCUGUCAAACUGGCCGUGAUGGUCAUAUGGCGGAGUACUUCCUUUCUCUCGCAGCUCAGUCGGUGGAAAAUCAACUGAAGGAGCAGGCACUUGCAGCGUUUCCUAAUGAACAAGUAUAUGAGCCUGUGGAUCACUUUGCGAUCGACAAGGAUGAAGACGAAUGUUCCGACGGGGACUCGAAAAACGGCCUUCUGCUUGUAUCGAGGCGGGAAUCGUCGGCCGAUCUUCCGUGGGAACUUGAACAUAUGCGCCGGCACAAGGAGGAUGCCGAAAUGAGGGAUCGUGCUAUGGCGGGUACGAAGGGGACACGCCUUUCGUCUGCAAUAUUCAACCCUCGACAGUUUUACAAUGGAAUCGAUAAUGACUGUUGGAGAGGAAAGUAUGAGCCAGAUCUCUCCAGGCAUCUCGCGCGUCCACCUAUGCUAGGCGAUGACCUUGUAUUCCCACAGAGUUUAUCUCCCGAAGCGACGAUGUGUGAGAGUGGCUCUGUGCUGGACUGUGCUACUGAUUCAAGGCAGCGAGUCUGCAAUGAAUCUGGUCUUUGGUGUACACAGCCUGAUCAUAUGCAGGAUGAUGCAACUACUGGUCUCUGGAAGGGAACAUGUUGCAGUCACAAGCAUGCUCAACAAUCCAAAGGAUCUUUACCCUGCGUGACAGACAAUUUUCGUCACUAUAACAAUGAGUGUCAAUCUAAAGUAUACAACGAUGAGCAGGACCAGGACCAAUCCACUUCUAGCUCCUCUUGUCAUCUGGCUUUAGAUGUAGGAGAAUUAUCGCGUGAUGACAUUGACAAUGAACAUCAUGAUUGCUGCUUUGGGGUUGACGAUAAUUUCGUGACCCAGAUCUAUAACUACUUAUCUCUAGGUUACCCGUGUGUUGCACGUUACUAUGACCAUGAGCUUAGCAGGGUGUCAGGCAUCCCUGUGAAGGAACUCAGACGGGGCGAUACAUCUGCUCUUGCUAGGGGCUACCUUCAAGUCAAUGAAGAUGGUUCAGCAAAUGGGCCGGUCGUUAGACAGGUCUGUGCCCGUUGGGUGGCCUUACGUUUGUAUAUUCAUGACUUGGCAAGGUCGCAACCCAACUUUGAUAAUGAUAAUGAUCAUGACGCAUGGGGUGUGCUUGAGAGGAGAGGGAGCUGGGCAAUUUAAUGAACUUCUGACCUGAAAAUACUAAUUAUUGCAAUAUUGUUUUUGGUCCAUGCACAUACUAGCCCAGAGUCAUGGCCUCUAGUUUUAGCUCAACACCAAGAAAUAUCAGUGAUAGAGUGCGG